GCUCGUCUUCCACCAUGAAGGCGAUCCCUACAACUCGCAAGCGUGGCCAUCCAUCUCCUUCCUCACGUUCUGAUACAUUCACCCGCAGCAGAUCCCAGCUCUUCCUUCACCGCAGCCGCUCAGGUUUCCUCCGCCCUGAUCCCCAAAGAACUCGAUCCCGUUUCCUCCGCCCUGAUCCCCAAAGCACCCGAUCCCGUUUCCUCCGCCCUGAUCGCCAAAGCACCCACUCCCGUUACCAGGCCACACUUCCUCCCUCCCAGUGCCCCACUUCAAUGAUUCGACUAUCGGAGAGCGUCGAUGGCAAUAGCGGCGGCGACGACGACAUGGUUUUCCUUAAGGAUCUUAAGAAAAAAACAAAGCUAAGACAUGAAGCUUCUUCCACAGGUGGCGACAGUGAGCUGUCUCGGGUUCUGAUGAAGGACCUUCGAGCAAGACGAGUUUAUUCUCCGCAAUCGAGCGUUGGCGCCUGCUCCAGUCUGGUGGCGGCGGAUAUGUUUGCCGACGGGAGUGGUGUUGAUUCCGACAGCAGUGAUGGGGGAAUGGCUAAUUUAGGGUUUGAGGCGAAACCGAGUUUGGAGAAUAGCGGUUCUGAGAGAGAGGGUUCGAAGUUGGUGGGAGAGAAUGGUAAUUUGGAGAAGGCGUUUUGGUCCGAGGGUCAGAAGAAGGAUGAGGUGAACUCAAUUUUAAGUUUAGUCUUAAACGAGUAUAGAUCUGAUAAGGAUAGUGACAUUUAUGUCGACAACGCGAGUGAGAGUUCUGAUCUGGGGAAAACUGAAUCGCAAGAUGAGAAACGAAGUGAAGGAAUUUCUUUCGAGAAAAUUGAAGAAUCCAAGGAAGAAUUGCUACAAAUGAUUCCACCCGAAACUGAGAUAAGCGCCAGAACAGAGGUUAAAGGAAAGCAACGGAAACAAGUCGAGGAUACGCCUUUAGCUGGAAAUGCUUUGAAAAAUGCAGGCGAGGCUUCUUGCGAAAACCAUAGCGGCAGGAGGAAUGGUUCUGUUCUCAAGAGCAAAUCAGCGCUUAGACCACGCUUCCAGGGGAGGUUGUUCAAAGCCCCUGGUUCGGUCAGUUUCAAAAGAUUGUUUCCAUAUCUAAAGGAGAUAAUGAGAGAUGAUUCUGCUACAGAAGAAUUGGGUCAUUGCCCGAAAGAUGAGAGGGCUAUGGAUGGAAACAAUUCAAGACUUUCUUUGUCAUAUCAAAGUCAAGGACCGUCUAACCUUGAACUGAGGAUCGAUAGUUGCUCCGUGCUUGGAUCUAUGCCGUCUAUUGUUACUGAAGAUGAUGCUGUGGUAGCUCCUGUUAAUGAGUUAUCUCAUGGUAAUGGGUCAGAAUUGACAUCAUCAUCGGACUCUCUUGAAUUGGAUAUGCAAUUCCAUAGCAAAGGCGUGACUAGCGAGUGUUUAUUUGUGCCGUCCAUAAAAGAAGUUGGAAAUGCUCCGUGCAAUGAUAAGCAAGACUCAAAGCAGCAGGGCAGUAAACCUGAUUAUGUCAUCGGUGCUAAUGAUGGUAGUUGUACCAUGGAGCAGUUUGCCGUGUUUGAUGAAGAAUGUGUACUAACAACUCCACCUGAUGCAGAUACAUUUGACAAGCAAGAGAUCAAUAAAUUAGGCCAAUUAGAGAGCAAUGCUCAGGACAUGUAUAAUGUCGAAGCUAUGGAUAUGAGCAAAAGUAAUCAGGAAAAUGCCGUUGAAGGUUUUUCUCAGAAGGCCGACAUGAGAAAAGAUUCUAUUAUUAAGAGUAAAUCUGUACCUAGAUCAAAUUUGCACAGGAAACUUUUCAUAAACCCACGUUCAUUUGGCUACAAGAGGUUGCUUCCUUUUCUAAUGGAUUUCACUAAAGACGAACGGGAUCACCACACGCAUCCUAAAGAAGAUGAGGUGGAUAUCUCUGCCAGGAAAAUACAAUUUCCUCUCUUAUCUCAAAAUCAAGGAGCAUCUAUCAGCAAACACAAUAUAGACGAUAGCUCCAGGCAUGACACAGUUGAAUCUAACAAAGUGGUGAACAAUAUAUUAGUAGAUUCUACCAAUGAGUUAUGUCAUGGUAACCAGCCGAAGUUGACAUCUUCCCAAGAGUUGCCUGAAUUGCCGAUGCAGCUGGAUGCAAGAGAAAUGGUUCAUGAAUGUUUAUCUUUUCCGUCUGCAAAUGAACAUAUUGAAAAUGUUGAGAUAGUUCCUAAAGACGAAUGCUUGAGUGUCUCAAAGUUUGAUCCGCAUUCAGUUAUGGGCUUACACUGUGAAGGUGUUAAUCACGUGCAAAGUAUAUCCUGCGAACAACACAAUAGUGAGUCACCACCCAAAGCUCAAAAUGUGCUUGGUAUUGACUGUAAUGUCUCUAAUCUUACAUUUGAGCAUCAUUCUAGUAAAGAAAAAGGACCAUCUGUUGCUUAUGAUGAAGGUAAACCGUCUGAAAGUCUGGAGAAUUGCAAGACUGUUGGUGGAUAUUUUCUUGAAGGUCAGAGUGUAAAAAAAUUGGAUCCUAAUAAGCCAGAUGUGCAAGAUAAAGAAAAAACAAAUCACAAAAUUUGCAGUAGUGACAAUGCUGUAAUUUUGAAUCAUGUCAGUCUUUUAGGUGAAGGGCCCAGAUCGUCACCGGAGAAAGUUAUAUUAGGAAAAUCAGACAUGGAGGGGCAUGGUGCUGGGAGCCAGAAAGCAGGAAGUGUUCUGAAAGGCAUAGUUUAUGGUGCAAGGAUGCCUUCAAAAGGAAAAAACGAUAAACAUGCUAAUCAAGUUCAUGAAGCCAGAAAUAGCUCUGAAAUUAAGACGAGAUUGGUUAUAAAUCGUUGCUCACAUAUGGAGUUGUUGAAGCAAACAGCAAGUUACAGCUACAAAAGAUUGCUUCCUUAUCUCUCGAAUACCAUGAAAGAUAGUUCAUGUGCUACUGAGAGUGAUCAUUACCCAAAAGUUCAGAAGCUCUUGGAUCAAACAAGCUUAUAUUCAAACAUGCAAGCAACUCCGGUAUGUGAUCCAACUGGUUGUGCUCCAUUAAAACGUUGCAGGGGCAGUCCUUGUGAAUUAAAUAAUGAUAGUUCAAGCCCAAUACUUGAAGUUCCUGAAUAUAAGCCAUCACGCAAUUCAUGCAAAGUGAUUCAACUGCACGAUGAACAGGUUGUAUCAAAUGGACACUGCAAGCCGGAAAGCUCUCCUGGUCCACGGAUUUCUGAUAACAACAUAGAUUCACCAAUCACACCCUAUGGCCCUAUGGCUAUCACCAGAGAUGAAGAGGCUGCGACUGUGUUACCUGCGCCAUCGGUUUACUCUGAAGUUAAAGGAAAUAGUUCUUUCCCGACAUCUCUUAAUGAGGAGAAGCCUUUGGAAACAUGUAGAUCUUGUCAGAGUUCGUCUCAAGCAACGUUCUUGGAUCAACCUAGAGUCUCUAACACUAGCUUCAAAAGGGGAAUUUUGAAAAGAAGUCCAAGAGGAUGCAGAGGGCUUUGCUCAUGCUUGAACUGUGCCUCUUUUCACCUUCAUGCAGAAAGAGCAUUUGAAUUCUCUAGAAAUCAGUUUCUAGAUGCCGAAGAGGUUGCCCAUGACCUUAUAAAGGAACUUUCUCAUUUAAGAAAGAUAUUAGAAAGAUCUACGGAGAGUGUCAACGGCAAUCCUAUCCUUGACAGAAGCCAGGUGAAAGAAGCCUGCAGGGAAGCAUUAGCUGCAGAGCAACUUGCAAAAGACAGGUUUAGCCAGAUGAAUGCUGAUCUUAACAUUCAUUGUAGAAUCUCGAACUUGCAGCGCCCAAGGGUUAGAUUUUCAGAUCAUGUUGAGCAAAAGGUAAUUGAGGCACGCAGAUAAACAGGUGUCUCAUUACAUCUGAGCUUGGAACUCUGUUUCUACAUGUGUGAGGCUAAUCUUGGAAAACCAAACUGCAGGGGAAGUGUUCUGUUGGUAUGCAGUAGAGAAAUUAGUUAGUAUCGUCGUGUAAUUUUUUUAUUUAGUCCUAUUGUUCUUUUUUAUUGUUUGAAGUUGUGAAUAUAUUUUGAUUUGCAACUGGGAACUUUUCAAUCUUA